UCCGUUUCAAACGCUUCCCCUCACCUCGCCGUCUCCCCUCUCCAGCCGCCUACGGCUCUCCCACCCGGAUCCCCCACGCACGCGGCGCCGCAGCUAAACCCUAGGCCUCCACCGGCAGCGCGGCUCGCCGCGAGCGGUCCCGCGAUGUGCCGGUGCGCGGCGGCGAUCGCGAGGGCGGUGGUGGCGUUCCUCGACGCCGUCCUCGUGGGCUGCCUCCUCGCGUGCUUCCGCCCGCGCCCCCGCCGCGGCUCCGGCUCCAGCGAUGCGCUUGUGCACGGGGAUCGGGCCGCGGAGGUGCUCUGGGACGACGACCGAGGAAGGAAUGGGAAAUGCCACGAGGAUUUGACUGAUGGUGGUCGCACUGAUGAGGAGGAGCUUAGGCUCGAGUGUGAUAACAUGCCAACCGAUGUAGCAGCAACAAACUGUGCAUCAUUAUUUGAAACUACAUCUGAAGGAUGUGAGGAAAAUCAUGCACGAUCUCAACUGAGCAUUGAAGAUACCCAGCAUCUUCCAGGAGUUGAAUUAGUUCCUCAUGCUUUCUUGGGAAAGAACCCUUUUCAGAACAUGCAACAUAAGCAGGCUGAUUGUAAUGGUUCACCCUUUGCAACUCCUUUAGUUCUCAGGGAUGAUAUGCAGACCCCUGGAACAAUCUAUACUUCACAUAGAGGGGCUUCUAUGUCUGGAAAGCAUGUGCAGACCCGGAAACAAUUCAUCUACCCGGUCCUGAGACCGAUCGAGAACAGACUUCAGAAGAUGGAAGUGACAGAAGAUUCUUCAACAUCGCCACCAUCCAAUCCUGCCAAAAGGAAAGAUUUGGAAGUAGACUCUGUCAAGAAGCCAAAGCAAACAUAUUUGACUUCAGUGGUUAAAUCAGGUUUUUCUGAAACUUCAUCAUCAUUUUCACGCCUGGUAAAAGAAGCACUCUCUCCUGAGGAAUUAUUGGAUAGCGGAGAACUAUCAAAUACCAACUCAGAUGAAAAGAAUGCUUUUAGCCUGUCCCACUGGGUGAAAUCUUCCUCCACUACAGAUGUUGAGAACCAAGGUGAUGUUAAGGGUGCAGCAGGCAAUCAAUCAUAUGAUGAGUGCAGCUUUGUAACGGAGAGACCUGGCUUCAAUGCUUCUGAUCUUGGGUGGGACAUUGAGAAUCCUACUCCUAGGUUACCCAAGACAUGGGAUGGUAAUGGUAUUCCCAACACAAUCAACAGAUACAAAGAGGAUCAAAGGGUUCAUUGGCACACCACACCGUUCGAGGAAAGGCUACUGAAGGUGUUAUCUGACGAGGAGCAUCGCCCUCCAAGGAAAGUUGUCCGUGCAAAGUUGUUCCAUCAAGAGAAGAAAGCCGAAUAGCAAGUCAUGAACCUGUCGCUAACCUCUCCUCUAAAGCUGGUGUCCUGACCUUUAUUUGUUGUCCGUUUCUGUGGGAUGCCUUCCUGUGUACAAAUGGUAUAGGAUAUAGUGUAUGGCUGCUAUGAUUAACAUCAA